UUUGAGUGGCGUUUAGCGUGACGUCACUGUGUUCUCUGAACAGUGACGCGGCAGUUAGCCAACGGCAGCUAGCGCGCUACAACAGUUCCUGUUAACGGCGGUCCGGAGAGCUGUCACUGCGAGUUUUAUCCUUCCGAACUGGGCUUCGGUUCCCCUGACGCUUGUCAUUGUAGCUCCGUCGCCAUGGGGAAUGUGUUCGCCAGUUUAUUCAAAGGCCUGUUUGGCAAAAAGGAGAUGCGAAUUCUGAUGGUCGGCCUCGACGCUGCUGGAAAAACAACCAUCCUGUACAAACUGAAGCUCGGAGAGAUAGUCACCACCAUUCCCACCAUCGGUUUUAACGUUGAAACAGUAGAAUACAAGAACAUCAGCUUCACGGUGUGGGACGUGGGCGGUCAGGACAAGAUCAGGCCGCUGUGGCGCCACUACUUCCAGAACACUCAAGGGCUCAUCUUCGUGGUGGACAGCAACGACAGGGAGCGGGUGAACGAGGCGCGGGAGGAGCUGUCCAGGAUGCUCGCCGAGGACGAGCUCCGAGACGCCGUGCUGCUCGUUUUCGCAAAUAAACAGGACCUGCCGAACGCCAUGAACGCCGCAGAGAUCACAGACAAGCUGGGGCUGCACGCGCUGCGCCAGCGCAGCUGGUACAUCCAGGCCACCUGCGCCACCAGCGGGGACGGGCUCUACGAGGGCCUGGACUGGCUCUCCAACCAGCUCAAGAACCAGAAAUGAUCCAUUCCACCCCCCCUUUUGUUUUCUUUCUUUGUUUGUUGUUUAUUUUCUCUGUUUCAACACAGCGGCAGCACCGGACCCAGGCCCCCUCCGCCCCCAACAUUUAACCCCCGGUUCUUCUUUUGUUCCCCUCGUUGGUGUGUGUGUGGGCUGGGAUUGGGAGGAAUCCUGGUGUGCCUUUUAAACCUGUGGUUUUCAAGACCCCCCCCCCCCCCCCCCCCCCCCCCCC